AUGCUGCCGGCGGCCGCUCGCCCCCUGUGGGGGCCGUGUCUCGGUCUCCGGGGCACCGCGCUCCGCCUCGCCAGGCGACAGGUGCCCGCUGUCUGGACCGUCCGGCAGAUGAGGAGCAGCAGCCACUGCAAAGCUGAAGUGCUCGCUGGUGCCCCCCUGGAUAAUGCCCCCAAGGAGUACCCCCCCAAGAUCCAGCAGCUGGUCCAGGACAUUGCCAGCCUCACGCUCCUGGAGAUCUCUGACCUCAAUGAGCUCCUGAAGAAAACGCUGAAGAUUCAAGACGUGGGGCUGAUGCCUGCCGGGGUGAUGCCAGGGGCUGCCCCUGCUGCCGUCCAAGCCCCCGAGGAGACAGAAGAACUCCCCAAGCAGAAGGAACAGACCCACUUCACUGUCCGCCUGACAGAGGCCAAGCCUGUGGACAAGGUGAAGCUCAUCAAGGAGAUCAAGAACUACGUGCAGGGCAUCAACCUGGUCCAGGCCAAGAAGCUGGUGGAAUCCUUGCCUCAGGAGAUUAAAGCCAACAUCGCCAAAGCCGAGGCCGAGAAGAUCAAGGCGGCACUGGAGGCGGUGGGCGGCACCGUGGUGCUGGAAUAA